AUGAGCGUUAGUUGUAUUUGCCUCCUAGUAAUAUUUUGCUUGUUUCAACAGCGAAUAGAUGGUACAACAAUCUACACUUGUAAUGCGACAAGCCCGUGUGGUUGUUCAAAGAAUUCUGCUAUUGUAUCAAAAAUCGUUGGAGGUGAAGCGGCUAAAACCAGUAGUUGGGGAUGGAUGGUAUCUUUACGUGAAAGGAAUCAACACAUCUGUGGAGGGGCAAUACUUUCAGCUUCCUAUGUUAUUACAGCUGCUCAUUGUAUGGAUGACCUUGGUUCAUUAUCAGUGGGCACAAUCGUCGCUGGUAUUGAUACACAAUCGCAAGCCGGUAUAGUACGAUCGUUAACCAAGUCAUAUGUUCAUCCACAAUAUGAUCCUGUCACGUUUGAAAAUGAUAUUGCAAUCAUUCAGCUAAAAACUCCUCUGGACAUGACCAAUCUUCUUAUAUCAAAAAUAUGUUUACCAACUAUUGACCCAAAUCUGCUGAAAACACAAGAUUAUCCAAUCGUCGGGAGUACUCUCGUUGGCAUUGGUUGGGGCACAUUAUCAGCGGGAAGUUUAACAUUAUCGGACACUUUACAACAAGUGACAGUGAAAGCUAUAUCAAAAACCGCAGCCACUUGCCGUAGUGUUUUGGAAAAUUCAACAUUACAAUUUUGCGCUGGAGUUACUGGCGGGGGAAAGGAUACGUGUCAGGGUGAUUCAGGAGGGUCAUUAAUGAUGUUUACAUCCAGUCAUCAAUGGGAAUUAGUUGGUAUCACUUCAUACGGUAUUGGCUGUGGCUUACCAGAUUUCAGCGGUGUAUAUACAAAAGUUGCGUAUUAUCAGUCAUGGAUCCGAGCGAUCCUGGGUACCACUACCACCACUAAAACAACGAAGCCUACCACCAAAACAACGACUACAGUGAAGCCUACUACCAAGACAACCAUGACUACAGCGAAGCCUACCACCAAAACAACGACUACAGUGAAGCCUACUACCAAGACAACCAUGACUACAGCGAAGCCUACCACCAAAACAACGACUACAGUGAAGCCUACUACCAAGACAACCAUGACUACAGCGAAGCCUACUACCAAAACAACAAAAAAGUGA